AUGUCAUCUCUACAUAGAGGGGAUUCCAGGAGGUUCAACAAUAAACCAAAAGCACGGCAUCACUUGACAACUCAGAAGAGACAAGAGAUUAAGGAAGCUUUUGAACUAUUCGACACUGAUGGCUCAGGUACUAUUGAUGCCAAGGAGCUAAAUGUUGCCAUGAGAGCCCUUGGAUUUGAGAUGACAGAAGAGCAAAUUGAGCAAAUGAUAGCAGAUGUCGACAAGGAUGGGAGUGGAGCGAUUGACUAUGAUGAAUUUGAGCACAUGAUGACGGCCAAAAUAGGAGAGAGGGACUCUAAAGAGGAGCUCAUGAAAGCUUUCCAUAUUAUUGAUCAAGACAAAAAUGGUAAGAUAUCUGCAUCUGACAUCAAGCGCAUUGCUAAAGAGCUUGGUCAAAAUUUUACUGAUCGAGAGAUUCAGGAGAUGGUUGAUGAAGCAGAUCAAAAUAAUGAUCAAGAGGUUGAUCCAGAGGAGUUCGUCUCGAUGAUGAAGAGAACAAGCUACCGUCACUAG